AGCUAUACAGCAUUAUAUUGCCCAUUAUUACACCCCAAUAUAGCUCUCAACACACAUAAAGGCGUUCAAAUAACUAAAUAUCUUUAAUUUGCCCUAGAAUUUUGAGUUCACGCAUCGGAAUGUGCGCCGGCAUUCCGACGCCCCCCGUCCAUAUUUUGACGCCGCCGCCGCGUCACAUGACUGAAACCGGCCGGUGUUUGGAGUACAUCCGCUCAGAGUGGCCGCGAAGCGCUCACGGUGACGACGUUAGCGACACGCUCCAUACAUGCAGUUAAAUACGAUAACAACAAUUUGUAUUCACUGUGAUCGUUUAUCUAAAAUGGAUUGCGGAGACCUAACUUAAGUGCAAUAGUUUGUGAUAAGUGCUGAACAAAUCAACCCGCAAAGGGAAUAAAAUGUAAACAGACAACUUGUAUCUGAUAUUAUCAUCAGCUAUUUUGUGAAACAGUGGUUUGUUGUUUUUGUUGUGCUUACAAAUGAAUAUGGAAACAAGGCAUUACUGGGAGGAGAACGGGCAUUCCGUCAAAUAUGACAAGAUUAUACGGUAUACCUAAGUAGAACGUAAUUCGUACACUGUACAUAAAAUGGAUAAAUUGGAAAUUCAAUCCUGCGAUCAUGAGACAGAGAGCAGAUUAGGCGGGAGGGUGUCAGACGCUCUCGCCAGGUCUAGGAACACCCCGAGUUAUAAUUCCAACGACGGUUUCGGCCGCGUUGCCGGCGAGCAGCUCAACUUCGCCGCGCCUUCGGAAGACGAGGCCGAGUAUCCGCCCGGCGCCUACUUGAAGAAGGGGAAGGUCUCGAGGCAAGACCCGAUGUCGCACCGGAUCAUAGAGAAGCGCCGCAGGGACCGAAUGAACAACUGCCUGGCAGACCUGUCGCGGCUCAUACCGCCCGAGUACCUGAAGAAGGGCCGCGGCAGGGUCGAGAAGACAGAAAUCAUCGAGAUGGCCAUCCGCCAUCUGAAGUACCUGCAGGAACGCGCGAACGCUGCGGACCGAGGACUGGGCGAGGAGCACUUCAGGGCUGGGUACCAGGACGCGGUGGCCGAGGUCAUGCGCUUCCUAGUCGAGGUGCACGGGUACGGCCCCGGCGACGGACUGUGCGUGCAAUUAGCUGCGCAUAUGCAGAGGCACUGCGAGGCUCUUGCUAAAGGCGAACCACUGCCGCGUGACAAGCCCCGUUCACACCCUGGCUCGUCCUCGGAGACAGCGAGCUCGUCGAGUAGUUCCCAUGGCUACACUAUGAAGCCCGGCGUGAUCGCGCAGGCGCCGCCCCCCGCGCCGCCGCCCUUCGCCCCCGAGCCCUACGAGGAGCGCCCCCAAGAACACCCCUACUCUAUGGAAUGUGAUCGAGUAUCAGUGGCACCGACACCGAUGGCAGGAGAAGGUGAAGGCCUACCGGAGUCCGAGCCUCUACCGCUAGACGGGCGACGCAAGCGAGGGGAGCCGACCUUACGAGCCGUGAGGAAACCUGACCACACCGAAGAUUACCUGCAUUCCUACAAGUUCAAGAACUCCAUUGAAAGGCGAUUCUCGAGGUCACAAGAUACAGAGGCGGCGGACAUGUUGGCCCGCACCGCGCACGCGCACGGUAAAGUGUACUCGCACAAGCGGCGCCGCGCCACGAAGCCGGCGCCGUCCACCUCCACGUCCAACUCCGGCUCCACGGAGGAUGCUAGGGACACCUCGCCGCAGGAUACAUCAAGUGAAUCACCUCAUCAUCAUCAUUAUGACAAACCACCUCCUCCAGCGCAGUACGUCCCCGUGUUUGCGUUGAAUGCUCUUGGAAAAUAUUACGUUCCACUAAGUGUGGACUACGCGUGCCUUCAAAGGCACCUCGGUCCAUACGAUGUGCUGGACGCCCGAGCGGUGCACCUGGCGGCGCCGCUGCACCCGGUGACGAUCCACGUCAACUUCCAGCCUUGCCUCAACUACCACGUCAAGAGGGAGCCCAACGAGCGAGAUCAAUGGCGAGCUGUAUAAGCCAAAAGACACGUAUCCAGUGCCUAAUUAUGAGCUACGGUCGCCAUGUUUACAGUAACGGCGCCAACAUUUGAACAUGACAGCUAAUAUUUUUAAAAUAUUCUAAUCCUAAAAAUAAUGAGCCUUAUAGCGAUGCUAUUUUCCGAAUAUCUUAAAUACAUAUAUUUUUGUAUCUAGUGAAAACAGCAAAUAUUUUUGAGAUUGCAUAUUUCUAAUAAAAGUGUCAACUUAUAAAUGUUUAAUCCCCUGCAAAGGAUUGAUUAAAUGAAGAUGUGAUUCGUUAAAAAGACAACACUGAUUGGCUAAAAUAACCUUGGAAAAGUUUAAUCUUAUCGAUUUUAGAAAUGUUAGUUCAGCUGUGUUUUUGUAUAAGUGUUAUCAGUCUCUCCAGCUGUUCUAGUCAAAUGUGAGUCAAAAUUAAGUGCAAUGUGGAACGUUGCAAAUGUAAAUAGUUGCAUAAAACAACCAAUCUUCAAGUUUUGGUAAAAACAGUUUAUUCUGUGGGCAAAUCCUGAGGACAUUAUUAAUUGUAAGUUUUUAGCUAUGAACACGUUUUGCCCACAGUUACCGCGGCGGCGUACUGUGAAUUUGUUUGAAGGACUAAUGAUGGUGUGGACAAUGUUUUCAGUGUUCUUAGUUACGGCUGUGAUAUGUAAAGAGUAGUCAAAAUAUAGCUGACAGCUGUGGUGCAUUAUUAACAGUAAAGGAGGGUGGUUCGACAUUUGAUACUUGCUAUAUUAGUACAACAGUGCAGUAUAAAAUUAGAAUUAAAAUAAUAGGAAUGUGUCAGUGACUAAAUCAUUCUUGUUUUUCUUUUGUAUAUAAUUGUUUAAAAAUAUUGUGCUGCUGUAUCAACUGCAGAAACAUCCUUGUACCAACUGAUGAUAACUCUCCUCAGAGAUCAGACGUUACUAAUAAUUUGAAACACUAUUUUAAGCUGAUUCAAGGCCAAACAAAUUUAUUUUGUAAGACAUGUUUCCCACCAAAUUACCACAGCCCUGAUAUGCGCUUCAUCCAUAAUACAACACGCAUAUAGGGAGCUGCUGAAUAUUGUUUCAAAUAUUUUUAAUUUUACUUAGUGUUUGGAGGUAGUGGUGGAGACAAGGUGUGGUGUCUACUUGUGGACAAGAUAAAGACUGAGGUUUUUAUUUAGCGGUAAAGUUAUGAUUGUUUUACAUUGGAUUCUCACUCAAAAUAUUAUUUACCGCAGGUUAGAGUUCAAUGUGCAAAGAAGUGUCAAAUUUUACGUAAAUUUAGUUCUAAAUACAAUUUAAAAUAGUCUGUUAAAUGUAUACUUUAUUAUAUUUUGUAAAUACAUAAACAUGUUUAAGUAAUAAAUGUUAUAAAUACUUCACAGA